AUGGUGGUUGUGGUGGAUGGGGAACUUUUGCCCGACAGUGACCCGCGAGCUGUCCGUUCUCGGCAACAGCGCGGCCACUCACCUGCAGCAACUUCUUCAGAUCCUUCAAGCAUCUCAGGUUCUGGGGCAGGUCUGAAUGCCCGUUCGCUUUCGUCUUUCCUUUCCAGAGUUACUGGAGCGGGACAGGCGAGUCGCGAUCGCGAAAGAGGCCACAAGGUGACUCUGCCGGCACUCGCGUUCAUUGGCAAACCAGCAGUUGAGGUUCCAGUGUAUGUUCUUGUAGUUGCAGCCUUGCUGGUCGCUCUCCUGGGAGCGCAAGGCGCCGUCUUCGUCGCAGUCGUCUACCUUUUCUACACUCCUUGGGCGCACGAGGCGGGCAACAGGUCUUCCUCUGUGGGCCGCGGAGGUGAAGGCGCCACGAGUCCGGGCAUCCAGAGUUCUCCCGGCCCUUCGUCGACGCACCGCGACAGGCGGGUGCUGGGGGAGGAGGAGAGAGAGGCACGCAUCCAGAGACUCAUGCAACAGAAGAAAGAUGGAGAUCCAGACAAGGGAGGAAACUGA